GAUCCUACCAGAACGAGUCUGACCGUCGUACAGUGAAGAUCAAGGUUGGUCGGUUGGUUUUGGGCCGACGUCGCGCGAGAAGAGUGACCAUCGAAGAAUCGGAGGAGGAAACUUCACAGAAAAGUUGACCGACGCGGCGCCAUUUACGUCAUCCAAGAUUCUUCUGUUCUUCCGAGGAACGGAAGACACAAGAAGAAUCGACAUUCCUUAAUAUCGUAUUCUCUACUUCUCCUCAAAAAGUGAGGGGAGCGCGAAGUAUCUCGAAUUGGAAAACGCAAGUUGCCGGGAAUCUGCAUAACUCGAAUUACGCACCCGGUGAAAUACACAAGAGGAACCCGAGAUGCUGGCAGCUUCGAUCUGUUGCGAAAUCUAUUACACGGUGUUACCCAGCUCGACUACCAUGGCCUCGCGAGUACCACGCUGUCUCUUUGGCAAGCCGGACCCGCGGGACACCAUGGAAAUGUUCCAGGAAGCGCUAGACACGGAGAGAAGCAAGUUCGCCAAGAGAUGGGGAGUGGAUCCCUGUUCUGAGGACAAGGAGAAUAAUUAUCAGAGGCGAAACAACGAGAAGAGCGAGUCGUCGACUACUAACAAAAAGCGGAAUAAUCCGUAUUCAAGGCAGACCAGCAUUCACGAUUACUGGCGAGCUCGAAAAAUGUGCGACGCGAAUAAAAAGCCUUUGACGACUUCGAUGGACGUGACGAAGCAACAAAAUGUCGAUUCGUCGAAAACAACGAAGACGACUACCACGACUGCGGCGAUAACGAAGACCGCGUAGAAUAUGACGUCGAAUCAGAAACGAUCGUAUAUCCUUAGACCCCCUACUGCACACGUGCAGUUUUCUCUUAUUUUGC